AAAAAAGAAAGCAAUACGACCGUACCCCGAGAGGUGAGUGAGUGGACUACCUGUGAUUAUAUCGAGUAAAAGGCACGAGAACAAAAAAGCAAAGAACAAAGAAGAAGAAGAAGAGAAGAAGAAGAAGAAGAAGAAGAAAAAAUGCCGAGGAGCAGAUUUUCAGCAUCAUUAGCUUCUCCAAAGGUGGAUUUAGUUAUUGAUAUGGGCAACCCACUUCUCAACCAAACUGUUGAUGCUUUCUUGAAAAUCGGCACUGUUGCUGUCACCAAAACUGCUGUUGAAGAAACUUAUCACAUCGUCAAAAAAGGCAGUGUGUCGAGUCACAACUUUGAGAAUUCGUUGAAGAAAAUGUGUAAAGAAGGUGCUUAUUGGGGGACUGUGGCUGGGGUAUAUGCUGGAAUGGAGUAUGGAGCAGAGAGGAUCCGUGGAACCAGAGAUUGGGGGGUUUAUUCCCAACAAUGUGGAGGUCGAGACUUAGGGUUGAAGGUUGACAGAAGAAUGCAAUGAUUGGGGGUGCAUUGACUGGAGCUCUCAUAUCUGCUGCAAGCAACAACAAUCGCGACAAGAUUGUGAUGGAUGCCAUUACAGGAGGUGCUGUUGCAACUGCUGCUGAGUUUCUUAAUUAUCUCACAUGAAUUUCUUACCAACUACUUAGAACAUUGCUAAGCAUUUGCUCUGUUUCUCGAAUUGUAUCCAUUUGAAAUUACAAGCUUAUGACAUAUGAAUCUUAUAAUAUUUGACUAUGUUUAAGUGAAUCUAUAAAUUAGCCAUCUUUUUCAA